AUGACCAAGUCCGCCAAGUCCAAGUCGUCGUCGCCGUCGAGCAGCAAGAGCGGCAAGUGCACUUGGCCCGAGUUCGUCUCGCGCCGCACCGCCGAGCUCAAAGAGCAGAAUCCCGACCAAGAGGCCGCCGACCGCAAGAAGCAGAUCUCGGCUGAAUGGAAGGUGAGCGACGAGAACCCCAAGAACGACUGA